UGGAUCAGAGCAGCCUCAGUCAAAGGACUAUACAGCCUGUUAGAUUGUCAUUCACAGGAGGUGGAACUGGGGGGUAAAUGGCGAAAACGUACGACUAUCUUUUUAAACUUUUGCUCAUAGGAGACAGCGGAGUCGGGAAGACAUGUCUGCUCUUCAGGUUCAGCGAAGACGCCUUUAAUACUACCUUCAUAUCAACGAUCGGAAUCGACUUCAAAAUCAGGACCAUUGAGCUCAAUGGCAAGAAAAUCAAGCUGCAGAUAUGGGACACGGCUGGACAGGAGAGAUUUAGGACCAUCACGACCGCAUACUACAGAGGAGCCAUGGGCAUCAUGCUGGUGUAUGAUAUCACCAGUGAGAAAUCCUUUGAAAACAUCAAAAACUGGAUACGGAACAUUGAAGAGCAUGCGUCAUCAGACGUGGAGAGGAUGAUCCUGGGGAACAAGUGUGACAUGAACGACAAGAGACAGGUGUCCAAAGAGCGAGGGGAAAAGUUGGCGAUAGACUAUGGAAUCAAGUUUUUGGAGACCAGUGCAAAAUCCAGUGUGAAUGUUGAAGAAGCCUUUUUCACAUUAGCAAGAGACAUCAUGGCUCGACUGAACAGGAAAAUGAACGAUGGCAGUCAGGCGGAGAGUGGCGGGCCGGUGAAGAUCACGGAGAACAAGUCCAAGAAGAGCAGCUUCUUCAGAUGUACUCUCUUGUGAACGACCCCUCACGACCCCUCACGACCUCUAAUGACCUCUGACCCCACGUGACUGAGGAAGAGCCCUGUGCCACUAAAGCACGCACCAGUUGGGGGACAUCUUUCUCUUCCUGUCGCUCUUUCUCUCUCACACACACACACACACACACACACACACACACACACACACACACACACACACACACACACACACACACACACACACACAUAGUCAUAUACAUACACACACACACACACACACACACACACACACACACACACACACAGUCAUAUACACACACACACAUACACAUGCACUCCUUGAGGACCUUAGAGAAACGCAAAUGGCAAGUGGCACUGACGCACGUUCCUGUAACCACCAACCAACCAACCAGCCACCCAAGUCUUCUGCCCUCCUGCUAACUCACACCCCCAUCCACCCAACCAACCCAACCC